AGAUUUGAUUGUGCAGACCUUGCAAGGAAACGUCAAGAGUUUUUGUCAUUUGCUUUCUGUGACUGAUUUGUUGAUUUGACAGAAAUGAAUCUGGAUUUAGAAUCUUUAAAAUAUGCGUAGCUACAGCAGCUCGCGAAGGAUGUAGGCUUGAAGGCGAAUAUGAAGGCUGAUAAACUUCUUAAAGCACUCAAGCAACACUUUCAGCUGCAAAAUGGCCCUUCACAUGAACAGAAACAAGAACACCAAUCAGAUCAACUGACUUCAGCCAACAAGGAUGAUAAUGAGUUUGGUAAGGAAGAACCAGUUAUUCAGACCUUUGUCACUAAAAGGCGUGGACGUGGCCGUACCACUGGAACAAUUAAAUUCAGUGGUAUUAAAAAAGAAGAUAUGCAGGUUGUUAUAGAAGAGCAAAAGGGACAGCAAACUUCAGAAGUUCAAUUUUCAACAAAUAGUUUUAAAAUGGAAACCAAUGAAGCCCAUGUAAUACAGAAUAAUGAAGUGAAUGCUGACAUUAUGACUCUUGAUAAGGCUGUGGAAAAAGAAAACAAAGGUGAAAAAUCUGUUGUGAGCUUCUCUGGAAAGAUCCCCGUAAUGCAAGGCUUUUAAAUACUAU